AUGGUGGUAUGUACCUUUUUCCAGCAAGGGCGCUGCAAGUUCGGAGAUCGUUGCAAAUUCGAGCAUCCGGGCAAAGCUACUGCCGGUCCCUCGGGGAAUCGAUUUGGUGCUCUAUCUGGAGGAAUUAUGCUCAAGUCCAUGAAUCACACGCCCUUUAGGGCUAGCGUUCUUUCCAAGCCUGACAGCAAGUCUACAAUAGGGCAGAACCAGUCCCAACAAACGACCGAUUAUGGUCUAAGGCCGAAUGACAUCAAGCAAGAUUUGACUGCAGGCCAAGGCCGUCCGGAAUGGAUUUUCUCUGCAUACGGACCCAACAAAGAUGUUCCGCGCCAGCUUUUUGGUGGUGCUCAUCGCGAGCGAAGCAUGGAAGAGAUGCGACUGCGCCAUUAUGAAUUAGCAGCAGCCGGCAAUCUGAACCAAGCAGUGCAAGAAGCCUCGGCUCUCUGGCAAGAGUGUGUAACACAGAUGGAGGUCUCGCUGAACGACCUGAACGGUGCCAUCAAAUACAUGAUUGACGGCGCGAAUGAACAUCCCAACCGGGUCGACAUCGUCGAGGGCAAAACGCAGGCUAGCACCGCCCAAGCCCCAGCGCCAUUCGGGCAACCCGCUCCAUUUGGACAGCAAAACGCCGGUCCUGCAGCCAGCACCGGUGCUACACCUGGAGCCUUUGCUGCUCCAUCCUCUACCUUCGGUCAAGCGUCAGGCCUUGGCCAAGCAGCUGGAUUUGGCAGGGCCUCAGCAACAGCACAGCCAGCUGGCAUGGGCCAGCCUACAGCGUUCGGCCAAACAUCUGCCAUGGGUGGUUCUGGUUUUGGCCAAACAUCGACCUUGGGAGGGCAAUCUGCCUUCAACCGGACACCGUUCGGCCAGCCAGCUCAGCUGGGUGCCAACCCAAGCCCAUUCGGUCAGGCUGCGGCCCCAGGAGGCCCCUCCCCAUUCGGCGCUCCAUCUGCUGCCUCUCCCUUUGCCCAAAUAUCCCAGAACCAACAGCCUGCUGCCGGUGGGUUUGGCCAGAGUGCGGGACAAGCUAAUCCGUCACCUUUCGGUCAGCCUGCUGGACAAGCUGCCCCGUCGCCAUUCGGCCAGCCAGCCCCGCCAGGUGGCAAUCCUAACCCAUUCGGUCAGCCAUCAGCACCGGCAGCAGCCGCUCCAUUUGGUGCCCCAUCUGCCGCAUCCCCCUUCACGCAGGUGGCCCAGAACCAGCCUGCCACUGGCGGAUUUGGCCAGAGUGCUGGACAAGCUGCUCCAUCACCUUUCGGCCAGCCUGCCACACAAGCUGCUCCAACUUCCUUCGGUCAGCCUGCUGCACAAGCUGCUCCAACUCCCUUUGGUCAGCCUGCUGCACAGCCUACUCCAACCCCCUUCGGUCAGCCUGCUGGACAGCCUGCUCCAUCUCCAUUCGGGCAGCCUGCACCCCAAGGCGUGCCUGUGCAGAGUGCAAAUGCUGGGCCACCGGCGUUCCUUAAGACAGAAAGUCCCGAGGAUCUCAAUCCGCUUCCAAGGCUGGAAGGUGAAACUCGACAUAACCCAUCGACCAAGCAACUUGUGAUGUGGAAGGGCCGGCCCGUGAAGUAUAUCAAUGAGCACCCGUGCUACCUUCACCCACAAGACAACAAGUCUUUCAUUCGAAUUCAUUUCCCGAAUGGGCCGCCUGAUGCAGCUAACUUGAAGGAUGCUCAAGCCAAGCCCGAGGAGUACACCCCCGAUGUCACUCAAGCAUAUGAGUUCUUCCUUCAAAAUGGCUACUUCAAGGAUGGCAUUCCGGCUGUAGCCCCCCGACAGGAGUGGCUCAGCUUCGACUUUUAA